GCUCAUCCUCUGUGUUGGUGGUCAUUGUCUGUGUCACUCCUUCCUCCCACUCCUUCCUUAGCUAUGUGGUGGAGCGAUUCGUUGACUCUGACGACGUUAAUCGCGAAUCUGCUGUUGGGAGCAGGAAGAAGCCUUUCGAGAAACAGUGGAAUCGUGUUUCCGGGUCCCUCCAGCCGGAAUCCCCCCCUUCUCGAAGCGAAGACUGCUUCUUUGCCAUCGGAGAUCCCCAAAGAGCCGACGAUCGAGAAAUGCGAUGGGGAAUACUCCGUGUUCUUCGGCCCCACCAACUCUUGCGAAAAUCUAGUGGAUUUGAAGACUUCGGUCUGCCCUCCCGGGCAAUGGCUCGUUCUCGAUCCGACGACCUCCGAACCGGUUUGCCAGGAACGCCAUUGCUCGGACCAGAACGAACUCCCGAUUCCCGGACACGCUGUACUCUGUCUGUCCAAGGAACACCCGUUUUUCCCUAACGGUACGGCAUUCUGCGGAGGGAGGCAAAUUCUCGCCGUGGAUAAGUACGGCUUCGGUCACUGCGAAUGUCCGAUCGACAGAGGUUUGGUCUUUUGGGAAGCGGACGGUGGCUGUCACCCUCUGUUCACCAGAGGUCCGUGCGGACCGGGCGACAUCUUCGUGUUUGACGACCUCGUCGGCAGAGUCGUCUGCCGCGUGAAUCCGUGCGCAGACGGAGAGAUCUACUGGCUGCCACACGGACGAUGUUACGGCUACACGCCGGGAAGCCGAAUGCACGAGGUGUGCGGAGGGCAAGACACCCUUCAAGUUUUCGUCAACUUGGGGAAAUUUUCUCUGGAAUGCAACAAUCCCAUCACGGUGCCGUUGUAUGCGUUAGGGACGUUCACGCAACGGAGAUGUCAGUCGGGAACGAUGCGGGUGGCUGCGGACAAGAGCUGCACGAAGACCAUCGAUUUCGGCUGCCCCAGCGGACAACAACCCGACCUCUUCGGAGGCUGCAAAUAUAUCUUCUGAUAUCACUGAAACAGGAAAAAGUGGAAUAAAUAACACAUUUUCAAUUA